GCGCCUCCAGGCGAGCACCGGCCCCGCGGGGCCCUGGCACGCAGUCCCGGGGGCCGAGCCGCGCCCCCGCGUCCCCGCUGACCCGGGAUCCCCACGCGCCCCGACCCCGGCAGCGCGGGCGGACGCGGCACUUCCGGCGCGAGUAGAGGGAGGGGAGGGACUUCCGGCGGCCCGGGCCGAGGCGCCGGCCGCGGACGGGACUUCCGGCGCAGGGCGGAGGCCGUGUUGGGACUUCCGGCGGCCUGGGCGCGAGGCGAGGCCGGAGCUUCCGGCGGUGCCGGAAGUGCGGGGCGUCAGGGUGCCGGGUCGCGGGGCCGCGUCAGGGCGGAGACUUGGUGUCCAGCGUCUCCCAGUGUGUGUCGAGUGCCGCGAGGUUGAGAACGGACGGGCGGUAACACACGGCCCGGUUGUCAUUGGGGGUCGGCGGGCUCGGCGGCGGCAGGACAGCUUAUUGCAGGAGCGACUGGGACAUCACCUUCUAGAAGUAAUGCCCACAGAAAGCGGGAGUUGCUCCACUGCUCGCCAAGCAAAACAGAAACGCAAAUCUCAUAGCCUUUCUAUACGAAGAACGAACAGCUCGGAGCAGGAGAGGACGGGUCUGCCAAGAGAAAUGUUAGAAGGACAAGAUUCUAAGCUGCCUUCCUCGGUUCGCAGUACACUUUUGGAGCUGUUUGGUCAAAUAGAGAGAGAGUUUGAAAACCUUUACAUUGAGAACUUGGAAUUGCGUAGGGAGAUUGAGACUCUUAAUGAACGUUUAGCUGCCGAAGGACAAGCGAUCGAUGGGGCGGAACUGAGUAAGGGCCAGCUCAAAACAAAAGCCAGCCACAGCACCAGCCAGCUUUCUCAGAAGCUGAAGACCACUUACAAGGCCUCCACCAGCAAGAUCGUCUCCAGCUUCAAGACCACCACGUCGAGGGCCGUGUGCCAGCUCGUGAAGGAGUACAUUGGCCACAGGGAUGGCAUCUGGGACGUCAGUGUGGCGAGGACACAGCCCGUGGUGCUGGGCACCGCGUCUGCCGAUCACACGGCCCUGCUGUGGAGCAUAGAGACAGGGCGGUGCCUCGUCAAGUACUCAGGCCAUGUGGGGUCAGUAAAUUCUAUCAAGUUUCAUCCAUCAGAGCAGUUGGCUCUUACUGUCAGGUCAUCAUUUUGUGAAAUACUUGAGGAAUGGAGGAAGGAGGACACAUCAAGUGGCACUUGCUUCACCUGUAGUGUAUUGUCAGCUUCUGGAGAUCAGACCGCCCACAUUUGGAGAUACGCCGUCCAGCUGCCAACGCCCCAGCCUGUUGCUGACACCACUCAGCAGAUAUGUGGCGAAGAUGAAGUGGAGUGCUCCGAUAAAGACGAGCCUGAUGUUGACGCGGAUGUGUCCAGUGACUGUCCUACCAUCCGGGUGCCGCUGACAUCUCUUAAGAGCCACCAGGGAGUGGUCAUAGCCGCUGACUGGCUGGUUGGGGGGAAGCAGGCAGUGACGGCCUCCUGGGACAGAACGGCGAAUCUGUUUGACGUGGAGACGGCGGAACUCGUUCACUCUCUGACAGGGCAUGACCAGGAGCUAACGCACUGUUGCACACACCCCACCCAGCGGCUUGUGGUGACCUCCUCCCGGGACACGACUUUCCGUCUUUGGGAUUUCAGGGACCCUUCCAUCCACUCCGUGAAUGUCUUCCAGGGCCAUACGGACACCGUGACCUCGGCCGUGUUCACCGUGGGAGAUAAUGUUGUUUCGGGCAGCGAUGACCGCACCGUGAAGGUCUGGGAUUUAAGGAAUAUGAGGUCCCCCAUUGCGACUAUUCGCACAGACUCUGCCAUCAACAGGAUCAAUGUAUGCGUCGGCCAGAAGAUAAUCGCCCUCCCACAUGACAACCGGCAAGUGAGGCUGUUUGACAUGUCGGGCGUGCGGCUGGCUCGGCUCCCCCGUAGCAGCCGGCAGGGCCACAGAAGAAUGGUGUGCUGCUCGGCGUGGAGCGAGGACCACCCCAUGUGCAAUCUGUUCACCUGCGGGUUUGACAGGCAAGCCAUUGGCUGGAACAUCAACAUCCCUGCGUUGUUACAAGAGAAAUGAGGUUGCCGGCGUUCCUUAGUCGCGUGGUUCACCGUGGACCUGUGGACCGGUGCCGCUUUUCUCCUGUUGGUCAAGCCCUUUUUCUGAGAGUCGGGCCCUGACGAGGGUGAUUUGUAUGUUCUUUUCUCAUUGUACCCAGCUUGCAUGAAAUGUACAGCAAAACGUAUGGUCCUAAGUUUUAUUUUCGUCUUGUGUGUGUGCUGGCGCCCUCCGUGCAGUGGAGACGAAGCCCCUUCCCCGUAGCACGUCGUGUGUUGUGAGUUGCUGGCGUCUGACAGCCGACAGGAGGGCAUUACGUUUGCGUGAGUUAAAUGUGAACCCGCGUACUUACUGUGAGGCGCAAGUAGAGUGUAGCGUUUCUGGAAUAAUUAUACGUGUCUGCCUUGUGCCGGGAAGGUUGCGGAGCUGCACCCGCGUUGGCUGACGCACGGCAGGUGCGCUGGAAGACUUGAGGGUUGCUUCCGCGUGAGGUUUUAGCGUGUGCCGUGCCGUCGCGGAGCUUCAACUCCGUCCCGUCGUAGUUACGUGAAACAACCUGGAUGUUAGACGCUAACAGAAGUAGGAUGCAGACUUUACAUUUGGAGAGUCGUUUGAAAAGAAAGUUUCUGCUCUUUUUGUGGAAAAUCAUUUCAAUCUCCUGAGGUCUCAUGUUAGCAAAUUCAAAAAUGUGAUUCUAAUCACUGAUUUCAGAUACUAAGCAAAAUUUAAAGCACUUUAGUUUAUAGCCAUGGUUAUAAACAGUUUUGAGAAGUUACAGAUGACUUAUCCAUUGAAUGUGACUUGACCUUUUGAAGAAGGCCCUGCCUGCUACCUGAAAACAAAACCUUAUUUAUUUUCUAUUCUACACUUUGGUUUGCGUAUUUCUAAGGGGGUUCACUUCCUUGGUGGUGUUUGAGAGCCAACAAUGCAAAUAAAUGAGUACUACCUCAGAACAGCACGUUUGGAGACCGGGGGCGUCUCGCCACUGCGUGUGGCUGGGAUGCCCAGUUCAGUUGCGAAGGCAGGACAGACAAUCAUAGCGGCCGGCAUGGGCGGCUGCAGCGAUGCGUCGCAGGCCGGCAGCUUGCUCCCGUUUCAGCAGCCGGGACGCCCCCGCGUGCCAGCCCUGCCACUGCCUGGGCGAGCCCGUCGCUCUUGCCUUCGCAGGACUCACUGUUGUCCGCUGUUUGUGAGUUCGUGUUUCUUGCUCAGUCACAGUUUUGAUGAAGAGCCGUCUCUGCGUACCGCCCUCCUAUUUUUAAUCCUUUGAGUGUGUGCACUUGGAGAGGCACAAGAGGGUGACCGUGAAGACGAUCGUGGGUGCCCCACUUCCGGUGGUGACGGCUGGCGGAGGAGCACGUGGGCCGCCCUGGGUCCUGAGUGAACGCGUCUCACUUGAGGCUCCCGUGGCUCGGGUCCCAUGUGUGGUACCUCGUGAGGAAUUCCAGCCCCAAAUUCUCUGGAAUGAUUUUGAGAUGAUUGACACGGUCUGGAAGGGAAGAAGGACCAGGAGAAACCCGUCCUGCUACGGGCGGUUGAGGUCGGUGCCUGGGGGGCACAGAAAGUCAUUUAUGAAGCCUGCCAUCCGGCCCCUGCCGACCUAGGGGCACCACACCCCCAGCGCCAGAGUGCGGGUGGCCUCAGGCCUCCAAUCUGUGUGUCCACGCUCUUGGGCUCCUGUUGUGUUUUAAUUUGAAUGUCUGGGUGUCUUAGAAUCAUUGUUAGGAGCACUGAAAAACGUAUACAAACACAGUUGAAUCAGACUUAAGAACCAGAUCUCUGCCGGAUUAAAAAAAGUGGAAGCUUUGAAAUAAAUAUUUCUCAUGGCCAUUUAGUUCUCUGCAAACUAGUGCCCUCUGUGGCCGGCAGCUGCUCACUGUCUCGCCAACGGGAGUGGCCGACCUCCUCACUCCUCCCGCGUCUCCACGAGGGCACAAGGCCUCAUGCUUUUGGGGAGAGUUCUCAGGAGCAGGACACCCUACUAUCACGACCACGUCGUCCUCUGACGUGAUUCCAUUCAGCUGCUGCUGUGGCCUUAGUGGUGGUGUUUUCGGGAGUCAUGGAGAUUUGGGAUCGUGCGUGUGCGUGCACGCGCGCGCGUGUGUGUGUGCGCAUGUGUGAGCGUCCAUGUGCAUGUCUGUACUUGUGUGGCUGAGAUUAAGUCGUGAUCAGCCACAUGUGAUCUCAUCUGAAAUCGUGUUUGGAAAUGAGAGUGGUUUUGUUCUGUAUGCUCACAUGUCCAGAAUUUCAUUUGAUAAUGGAAGGAAAACGUGUGGUUACUGGAAAAUGUGUAUUGAUAGAAAGUUUCGUAAGAACUACGUUGUUGGACAAAACAGCACUCUUUCUCAACCACUGCACAUCGAUUUCUGUAGAGACAAAAAUUGUGUACAUAUUUUGGAAUUUGGAGAAUCCUAUGUAAAUCACUUGUUGCUUAAAUCUGUGAAAAACAAGUUUCUUUGGGGGGAAAGUAUGCAUUUAUAAGUGUUGUGUACAGCAAGUGUUUUUAUUGUAUUGGUGUAAUUGUUUUUAAGUGUUGAAUGUCUUCAUUGCCAUAUGAAAUUCAUUAAAAAUCCACAUUCUGUAAUCACUAUUGUAAAAAUUUUAUGUUAUUAGGAGUCUUUUUUUAUUAUUUAAAAAUUUUUUAAAAGACGUUUUAUUUAUUUUUGAGAGACAGAGCAUGAAUGGGGGAGGGGCAGAGAGAGAGGGAGACACAGAAUCCGAAGCAGGAUUCAGGCUCUGAGCUGUCAGCACAGAGCCCGAUGCGGGGCUCGAACCUGUGAAUGGGGAGAUCGUGACCUGAGACGAAGUUGAUGCUUAACUGACUGAGCCACCCAGGCGCCCCAUAUUCUUUACUUAUUGUUUAAAUUUUUUGCCUUGGUGAAAAUUCUAGUAUUGCCCACUUGAAAAAUUUUAACUUUAGACUUCAAAGGUCUGUAAUCCUGCCUGUGUGCUGGGCUCCCUUUAAGUGACAAGUAGGUAUGCUUGUCCGCCCCGGCAGUGUCUGGAGGGAGUUAACAAUCUGAUACAAUGCAGGUGUUGUCAGAGUCCCUCAGGGGUUUCAUAAGACGUCUGCCCUGUUCUUACUGCAGUAAGCUUGUUUGAAAGUCUUUAAAAAAUUGCAUUUACAGAAAGCAGGCCCUGCUCGUUCUGUGGGGACAGUACGCAUCUGGACUGGCUGCUCUUUCAACCGCUGUCCCCCGUGGGCGAAGCGGUGUGGUGGUUGCGGGAACCUGAGGAGACGUUCGGUCCCGGCCCGGGAUCAUCCUGCUGCCUCUUUACACUGGUCGGGCUCCCUGCCUUCAGUCAGCCCCCAGAGGGCAGAAGUUCACGGACUCCUUGUCUUUCUUCCCUGACCCUGUAGAAACAUGUGAUUAGCAUCCAAAUUUCACAAUUACGUCUUCAGUUACAUUUAGAAGUUCACAUGUUAGUAUAAAGGAUUGAGAAGGCGGGGCGCCUGGCCAGGUCAGUUGGAAGAGUGGGUGACUCUUGAUCUCAGGGUUGUGAGUUUGAGCCCCACAUGUAGAGAUUACUUAAAUAAAUAUUAAAAAAAAAAAAAAAAUCCCAAAGGCAAAACUGCUAUUAUUAUAAGUUCGUCAAAAUGCCACUCAGAUGUGUCUCACUAUGCAUAGAUUUUCUGGUUUCCCUUAAUAAAUUAAUAGUUAAGUUCAGAAAUUGGGAACACUUAAAUUGUUACAUGCAAAGUGUGCUAUAUAGUCCAUAUGACGGUGGGAAGAAGCUGAGAAUGAAAUCCUAUAAAAGUAUUGAGUAACUUAAAAAUAAUUUUAUUGAAACAUUUAAAAAAUAUUUAUUUUGAGAGAGAGAGAGCAUGAUCGGGGAGGGGCAGAGAAAGAGGGAGAGAGAAUCCCAAGCAGGCUCUGCACUGUCAGCACGGAGCCCAGUGCUGGCUUGAACUCACGAACCGUUAGAUACGACCUGAGCUGAGACCAAGAGUGGAUGUUCAACCUACUGAGCCGCCCAAGCUUGAAACAUUUUUAAGGAGCUUUUGGUCAAAAUGAAACUGGAUUAGGCAGAUCUCUGGAGCCCUGAGAGCUCUCUGAGGCACAGGUGAUGCCUGUGGGCUUUGUGGGCCCUGGAGCCACUUUAGACACAGGGUCCAGGAGGCGUAAUCUGGCCCGAAGUUUGAUGGGGGUGUCCGGAAGUGAAGAGAACACCUCUCUCACCCUCGGCACUGUGUCCCCUCACCUCUCAGCCCCUGACUGUAGUGUUUCUGUGCUCCACCUAACCCUCCUUUGGAAGGUUUGGAACUAGAACUGGAAGUCCGUGUCUCUCCAGUCACUUUGAGCUCCAGAUGCUGAGAGGAAGAAGCAGCCAGAAUCCUGGACUCUGCAAAGCUGUCUUUCAAGAAUGAGUGGGAGAUGCAGACACUUGGCGAUAAAUGAGGAUGGUUUUCACCAGUUCUCCUCUAGUGGACCGUCUUGAAAUGCUACAGGGAGAAAAAGUCCCAGAGCAGUGGUUUCAGAGUGGGCAAAAUGCCAACACCCAUCCCUCUAAAGUGGUGUCUGCAGUUAGUGUUUAAAUUUCUUUCUUUCUUUUUUUUUUAAUGGCUGGGGGGAUUAAAAUUUUAACUUUUGUCUUUGUAAGAUACAUAGUAAAAUUUCAAGGGUAACCACAAA